AUGUCUUUCUUUGGCUUUGACUCGACUCUACCCCGCGAUCGUGGGCACAACACUCGGGCACCUGGGUUCUCCCAGGCUGCCGAUCCAUUUGCUGGCCCUCGUCCCGAAGAUGACGAUGAUGCACUUGACUUUGAAGACACAUACGAUGGUCUAGGCGAUCAGUUGGACGAGACGGAUGAUGUAUUCAAUGACGAUACUUUUGGAGAUGAUGCGGGACCCGUGACGAAGAAGCCUGUUGGCAAAGACUUCGAUUUCUUUGGCCAGACGGCAAAAGUCUCCGACGCCAUCAAUGAAGAGCAGCUUCGCUUUUCUCGCCAGGCCCCUUCAUCGCGGGGACCUCCGACAACUUCCACUUUCCCGCAGCCCCUUCCAAAGCCUGCAAGGACUGGUUAUGAGCGCUACCAAGAGCCUGACUACGUUCCUGAUAUGCAAGUGGAUGCAAACUUAUGGGGAGUUGCACCAAAGCGGCCUGCUCAGGCUUCUGAUUUCGGUUCUCCCAUGAACCCUGGAAUCCCCUCUGGCGCCCGCAAGAUGAUGAGUUUGGAAGAAGUUGAAGCUUCAAUGCGAGCACAGGCAAAGAAACCAGCCCAGCCACAGCAGCCAAUACAGCAGCAACAGUCGGCACCUCAGCAGUAUACCCAACCUCCACAACAACAAUACCACGACUAUCCUCCCCAACACCAACAGCAGCAAUUCUCUCAACCGCAACAAUUGCCCUUCCAGUCCAGUGGACCCCCACGUGAAGAGGCUCGUCCAGCUCAUGUCGGACAGCCUCAUCAGCCUGUGCAAAUCAUGCAACGAUCGCAACCAACGCCUAACCAGCCUAUUGCUCCAACAGCUCCGUCUCAACCAACGCAAAUAUUGCAAAACCCAAAUCGUUACUCGGCAGAGCAACGUAGAUCUGCUCCUGCUGUUCAGCAUCCUGUUCAGCAUCCUGUACACCAAUCACGCCCUUCAGGUUCUCGUCACAUUAUCACCCAUCCCCAACAGCUUGCAAACUUAUCAGAUGAGGAGCGAGCAGCUUUCUUAAUGGAAGAUGCUAAGCGUGCUAAGCGCAACCACAAGAUAUUUUUGCUCUCCAAGGACAAUGGUCUGAUGACACCACAAGACAAGAAUUUUAUUACACGUAUCCAGCUACAACAGCUUGUUACUGCAACUGGCAAUCCUAAUGAGCAUGGCAGUGAUCCUUCCCUGUCAGAGGACUUUUACUACCAAGUUCAUAACCAAAUUCGAGGUGGACCUCGACAGCAUCCUGGCCAGCCACUGAGCAAUUUCGCACAGACUUAUCUAUUUCAAACAGGUGGUCGACACGGUGGUAUGCGAAGACAAGCUCGCGGUGGAGACAAUCAUAUGCAGCGUAUGGAGCAACAGGUUCAAAGAGCUGUCGAAGCUGCCAAGAACAAGCCAAAGAAUAAGCAGCUGGUCAUCGAAGGCAGCUUAGGAAAGAUCUCAUUCAGCAAUGCGAAAACGCCAAAACCAUUGCUCAACAUCAAGCGUACUGAUAGCGCUGCUGAUGCACACCGACCUAGCAAGGCUCAUCAAGUAGGCGUCAGCGGCAGCGACAGAAAGACGGUUCUCACUGAUAUUGAAAAUGUAUACAGUACGCUGAUGCAGCUUGAGGAUCAUGAACGUUUGAUGCCACCACCUCUUGAUAAUGAUGAUAUCAAUCCAGAGCUUGCUGGUUUCCACAUAGACUGGCGUGAAAAGGAGGAGAAGCUCAACCGAAAGCUUUGGCGGGACUUGAAGGUUCACGAGCCUAUCGGUGCAACUACUACCCAUCCAUUUAUUGCUUUCUUGUCAUUCAGCAAGGGCAAGAAGUGUAUUCCUCGCGUGUUCCGUCAUAUAACCCAGGAGCAGCGAACUACCAUUUUGACCAUUAUUGUCAUUCAUCUUGACCAGUUGGAUGUUGUUCGUCAGGGAUUGCUUCAGCCUGGCGAAGUUCAAUUGAACUCUGCUACUCGUGAGAAUAUAGAGCUCUUCUCUUUGGCGGUUAUGCAUACGCUUUUCGGCUAUCUCAACGAAGCCGGAUUGGAUAUUGUCACUGGUCUUUUGGGUCUUAUUCUGAACAUUAAUAUUGACGUUAUUGCUCGAACAAGAAUUGGUGUCAGCAUGUUGACGAUGUUACUGAGUCGCGCUGAGCUCAUCAAGCAAGCUGGAAGUAAUGAGCGGGAAUGGGAUCAAUGGGUUGGCAUCUAUAAUGCAUUCUUCGAUGCCCUUGAACCUACCCUCCCCAACAUAUUUCCUGGCACCGUCAACACUGGUGAAGAUGUUUAUGUUUGGCAGUUCCUCGCGGCUAUUGGUAUUGGUGCUAGCCCCGAGCAGCAGCAGAGACUUGUCAUGGCUGUCAAAGACCGUGUUAUGGAGACUGUUGCUCAUGCCAAGACUCUCCCCACAGCGAUGUCGGGCCAGCGAUUAGCGAACGUCAACCUCUUCAUGCGUUCAAUUGGUUUGGAUGUUGAGUUACUUGCAUGA